AUGGUUUUCGGGUUUUCAAACGAGAAAGAUCAAGCUAUAGAGGAAAAGAGAUCUUCAGGAGUUGACUUGGAGUCAGUUCUUUCAAAUCAUACCAAUAAUUAUGAUCUUUAUGUCGCCAAAUCCAAUCCUUCAGUACACAAUAUUGCUGAAGAAGGGCAUCAAUUACGUAAAAAAAUGGAUGCAAGACAUACAAGUAUGAUUGCUAUUGGUGGUGCUUUAGGUACUGGUCUUUUAAUUGGUACUGGUCUGGCUUUGAAAACAGCAGGUCCAGGUGCUAUUUUAAUUUCUUAUGGUGCCAUUGGUUUUGUUGUUUAUAUGGUUAUGACUGCUCUUGGUGAAAUUGCUUCUUUUAUUCCAUUACCAGGUUUUGCCAAUUAUGGUAAAAGAUAUGUUGAUGAAGCUUUGGGUUUUGCAUGUGGUAUUGUUUAUCUUAUAAAAUAUUUGGUUCUUCCGGCAAAUCAAUUGACUGCUGGUGCUUUAGUUAUGCAAUAUUGGGUCAGUAGAGAACGUGUUAAUCCUGGUGUUUGGAUCACUGUGUUCCUUGUCUGUAUCACUGCCAUUAAUUUCCUCGGUGUGAGAUUUUUCGCAGAAAUUGAAUUCUGGUUGAGUGUUCUUAAAGUUAUUGUUUGUUUGGGUUUGAUUCUUUUGUUGUGGAUUAUCGCAUUAGGUGGUGGUCCAACUCAUGACAGAAUUGGGUUCAGAUACUGGCAACACCCAGGGGCUUUUAUUGAAUACCAUAACUCCACCAUGGGUGUUGAUAUCACUGGUCCUAAGGGUAGAUUUGUUUCAUUUGUUGCUGUCUUGGUUAGUGCAGUUUUCGCUUACCUUGGUUCUGAAUUAGUUGCCAUUACUUUCAGUGAAACCAGAAACCCAAGAAGAGCUAUUCCAAGAGCCAUUAGAUUGACUUUGUACCGUAUCCUUGUUUUCUACAUCUUAUCCAUCUUGUUUGUCGGUAUGUGUGUCUCUGCAAAGGAUCCAUUAUUAUUGGGUGCUUCAGGUACCAAUGCCGGAGCCAGUCCUUUUGUUAUCGCAAUUAAGAAUGCCAAGAUUGGUGGUUUGGACCAUUUGAUUAAUGCUUGUAUUCUUUUGUUUGUCCUUUCUGCUUCUAAUAGUGAUAUGUAUGUUUGUUCCAGAUCUGCAUACAGUUUGCUGGUUGAUGGAUAUCUUCCAAAAUUCUUUUCCAAGACUAACUCACUUGGUGUUCCAUACUAUGGUGUUACUUUAAGUUUCUUGUUUUGUUUAUUGGCAUACAUGAAUGUUUCAUCAGGUUCAGCUGUUGUUUUCGGUUACUUUGUCAAUGUCGUUUCUUUAACUGGUUUGAUUGCUUGGGCCUGUAUUUUAGUUUUCCACAUUAGAUUCAUGCAAGCUUUGAAAGCUCAAGGUCUUGAUAGAAACAGAGAUUUGGUUUACAGAUCCCCAUUACAACCAUACGGUAGUUGGAUUUCCUUAUGUCUUUGUGUUGUCAUUAUUUUCAUCAAAAAUUUCACUGUUUUCUUGGGUGAUAAAUUUGAUUACAAGAAUUUUAUCACUGGUUAUAUUGUCUUGCCAAUCUUUAUCAUCAUGUUUGUUGGUUACAAGAUCAUCUAUAAGACUAAAUGGUUGAAAUCCGAAGAAGUUGAUUUGGAUACUUUCAGAGAUGUUAUUGAUGCUGAAUUUGAAAAAUUUGAAGCUGAAGAUGCUGAAAGAAAAGCCAUUAGAGAAGCUGAAGGCAAACGUUUCGAUGGUGCUUGGUUUUAUGACAAAUUCUUGGGAUGGAUCUUCUAG